AUGAAGCUCAACGAAGUCACCAACAUGUCGACCACCAUAACCACCGUUGCGCCGUCCAAGGCCAACAUUGGCGUGUACACCAACCCUGCCCACGAUCUCUGGAUAGCAGACGCUCUGCCCAAGCAAGAGGAUGUCGAGAAGGGACAGGAUCUAAAGGAGGGGGAGAUCACGGUUGCGAUCAAGAGCACGGGGAUCUGUGGAUCCGACGUGCACUUCUGGCACGCCGGCCGUAUAGGCCCCAUGAUCGUCGAAGACACGCACAUCCUCGGUCACGAAUCCGCCGGCAUCGUCGUCGCUAAACAUCCCUCUGUCACAACCCACCAGAUCGGCGACCGCGUCGCUGUCGAGCCCAACAUCAUCUGCGGCGAGUGCGAGCCCUGUUUGACAGGCAAAUAUAACGGCUGCGUCGACGUAAAGUUCCGCUCUACGCCGCCUAUUCCAGGCUUGCUUCGCCGCUACGUGACCCAUCCCGCGGUGUGGUGCCACAAGAUUGGGGACAUGAGCUACGAGGACGGAGCGCUAUUGGAGCCUUUGAGCGUGGCGCUGGCGGGGAUGCAGAGGGCGAAUAUUACGCUUGGAGAUUCAGUACUCGUAUGCGGCGCGGGACCCAUCGGACUCGUAACUCUGGCUUGCGUGAAAGCCGCCGGCGCAGAACCGAUCGUGAUCACAGACAUCGACGAAGGCCGACUUGCAUUCGCCAAAGAGUUCUGCCCAAGCGUCCGAACACACAAAGUCGAAUUCAGCGACUCCCCCGACCAGUUCGCGGAAAAGGUCGUCGCUCUCGCCGACGGCGUCGAACCCGCCGUCGUGAUGGAAUGCACAGGCGUGGAGUCCUCCAUCUCAGGUGCCAUCCACGCGGCCAAAUUCGGUGGCAAAGUCUUCGUGAUCGGCGUGGGUCGACCGGAGAUCAAGAUUCCUUUCAUGAGGCUCAGCACAAGGGAGGUGGAUCUGCAGUUUCAGUACCGGUAUGCGAACACCUGGCCGCGGGCGAUCAGGUUAUUGAGGGGAGGCGUGAUUGAUCUGAGCAAGUUGGUGACGCAUCGGUUUAAGUUGGAGGAUGCGGUGGAUGCGUUCAAGGUGGCGGCGGAUCCCAAGCAAGGUGGCAUUAAGGUUAUGAUACAGAGUAUGGAGGAGGGGGAGAAGUAG